UGUCUUGCUAUAUAAGCCCAAAAGACUCAUGAUUCUCGCAAUGAAAUGAAUGUGGACGUGUUUCCGGGCUUCUGUGCAUCCCCCAAAUGAACGUAGCCGUGUAUCCAGGCUUGUCUCUCUUCAUGACUUUUUAUUCAUUUCACUUGCACUCUUUGCUUAACGUAUACUUUUUGUGUUGGUAAACUCUUGAACUGAGAUUUGUAUCUCUCUCUCUCUCUUCUUUGAACAAAGACUCUUUCUCCGUCUGAACAGAGAUUUGUAUCCGUUGACUCUCUCUCUCUCUCUCUCAUUCUUGAACAUAGGCCUAGUCCCUUGAUUCUCUGUUCUCCCUCAGGUUCCUCUCUAAUUCUUGAACAUAGACUUUUCCCUUGAUUCUCAUUCUUUCUGGUUCCUCUCUCUUUCUCUCUUGAUUCUUUGCUCUCUCUCUGCAUUUAAAGUGUAAUAUUCAUUUAUGGGUAACUAUUUAACAGAGACUUGUAUCCCUCAAUUCUCUCUCUAUUUAGUCUCUCUGGUUUAAGAGCUAUACAUCUCUCUCUGAUUGGGCACCAAUCCAACAAUGGCAAUCUUCAAAGUCGAGAAGAAACAUCACAGACGCUUGAAUAACCCAUUUCCACAAGACCCCAAUUCCCUGAAAUUCACGAAAGCAAAGCUUUUCUGCAAUCCCCAUCUCCCCCAAAACCAGUCCUAUCACAUCGGGUCCAAUUUCCUUCUUUGCUACAGUUCUGAAAAUGGUGUUUCUCUCUCUAUCUCUCACCAAUCUGAUCCCCCAAGAAGCCUCUGGUCCACCAUACCAGGCCAAGGCUUCAUCUCCUCAGCUUCCUCUGAUACAAAUGUAACAGAAAGCAGGGGAUCUUUUGCCAUCCAUGAUAACAAUACCAAAUAUUGUAACCAUCAGACAUUGGAGGAUAUCAGAUUGAUUAAAAGUCAUGAAGCCAUUAGAGAGGUUCUAGUGGAUGAAACCCAAUUUGGGUCUCAAAAUGUAGGUUCAAAACCAUGGUUUUCUGGGCUUUUACAGGAGACCCAAUUCCCUAUUUUGGCCAUUACAGGCUGUGUUUACAGUAGAGAGGAGGAGGCAGAAAAACAGUUGCAGGAAUUUACUAAAGGAUCCAAAAACAGAGGCCCAUUCUAUAUAGCUAAUGAUAGAGAUUCAGCAUUCACAAUCUUUUGCAAAAAUAGGGUUUUGGGUUUGUCAAUUGGUGCAAGGUAUUGGCUUCUCUUUGCUCAAAAAACCGGUCACCAGUUAGAAUUUUGUGUCGAGAUUAAAAAGGCCUAUUCACCGACACAUCCAGAAACUUCUAAAAGCCUCCAGAAGGUUCAAUGGAAGUUUGGACAACAUCUCCUUCGUCUUUCUCGGGACCGAGGAUACAUUACCAUUGCUUCGAAGAAGAAGAAGAGAGACAAAGUUGGAGAUAGAGAGUUGAACAGAGUAAUUAUAACUUAUUCUAGUGAAGGUGAUGAGAGGUUUUAUGGUUUUGGAGAGCAAUUCAGCCAUAUGGAGUUUAAGGGCAAAAGGGUUCCCAUACUUGUGCAAGAACAAGGUCUUGGCAGAGGAGAUCAACCUAUUACUAUGGCAGCUAAUUUGGUUAGCUACAGAUCUGGAGGCAACUGGAGUACCACUUAUGCACCUUCCCCAUUCUACAUGACAUCUAAGAUGAGAUCUCUCUACCUCGAAGGCUACAAUUAUUCAGUCUUCGAUCUGAGGAAGCGAGACAGAGUUCAGCUUCAGGUAUAUGGUCCCUCAGCCCGAGGAAGGAUAUUGCAUGGGAACUCACCAGCUGAGCUGAUUGAACAAUAUACAGAAACAAUAGGGAGACUUCCUGAACUUCCAGAUUGGAUAAUCUCUGGCGCCAUUGUGGGGAUGCAAGGAGGAACAGGAGCUGUUCGUCGAGUUUGGGACCUCUUGCAACAAUAUGACACUCCCAUUUCUGCAUUUUGGUUACAGGAUUGGGUUGGACAAAGAAAAACAAUAAUUGGUUCACAACUGUGGUGGAACUGGGAGGUGGACACGAAUCACUAUGCAGGCUGGUCAGAAUUAGUGAAGGAUCUUCGUUCUCAUGACAUUAGAACCAUGGGUUAUUGCAAUCCUUGUCUUGCUCCGGUUGAUGAGAAGCCCAACAAGAAGAAGCACCUAUUUGAGGAAGCAAAGAAGCUAGACCUCUUCGUGAAAGACAAAUUUGGUUCACCUUACAUGGUCCCAAACACUGCUUUUGAUGUUGGUAUGCUGGAUUUUACUAAUCCUAAAUCACGAAGGUGGUUCAAGCAGAUCUUGCAAGAGAUGGUGGAUGGUGGGAUAAGUGGUUGGAUGGCAGAUUUUGGUGAAGGUCUACCACUGGAUGCAUGCCUCUAUUCAGGUGAGGACCCAAUUUCAGCUCAUAACAGAUACCCUGAACUGUGGGCUGAAAUAAAUAGGGAGUUUGUUGAUGAGUGGAAAUCAAUGAAUCAAGCGAAGCAAAGAGAAGAUUCGGAAGAAAGCUUGGUGUUCUUUGUGAGGGCUGGUUAUAGAGGAAGCCCCAAGUGGGCUUCUUUGUUUUGGGAGGGUGAUCAAAUGGUAAGCUGGCAAAGAAAUGAUGGAAUAAAGAGUGCAGUGGUGGGUCUGCUCAGUAGUGGACUAUCCGGUUAUUCACUAAACCAUAGUGACAUUGGGGGAUACUGUGCAGUUAAUUUUCCUUUGAUUAAGUACCAGAGAAGCGAGGAAUUGCUAUUACGUUGGAUGGAGCUAAAUGCAUUCACCACAAUUUUCAGGACCCAUGAAGGAAACAAUCCAUCAUUCAACACCCAGUUCUACUCAAAUAGGAGGACCUUUACGCACUUUGCUCGCUUUGCAAAGGUAUAUAAGGCUUGGAAGUUCUACCGAAUCCAACUUGUGAAGGAAGCUGCUCAGAAUGGCCUGCCUGUGACAAGGCAUCUAUUUAUACACUAUCCAGAUGAUCAGAAUGUGCAUAGACUCACUUACCAGCAAUUCCUGGUCGGUUCCGAAAUAUUAGUUGUUCCUGUCCUAGAUAAAGGGAAGAAGAAAGUUAAGGCAUAUUUUCCUGUAUCACAGGGAUCCUUGUGGCAAAACAUAUGGACAGGGAAAUUAUAUGGCAAUCGAUUUUGUCAUUCAAAUCAUACCCACAAAGGAAUGGAAGCUUGGGUUGAAGCUCCCAUUGGAUAUCCUGCUGUAUUUGUUAAGACUCAUUCUCCUAUAGGGGAAACAUUCUUGAAGAGUCUUAAGGAUCUCCAAAUCCUCUGAUUCCAUAAUAGAAAAUUUUCAAUAGAAAUUCAUAUGUUUCAUUGAUUGUAAAUGCUUCAAAGGCAUAUUGCUAAUCGU